AUGGCCAAGCUCGUUCUUGCCACAGGUCUGGCCAUUCUGCUGAAUGCUCAUUUAGGUUCUGCCUACAAGUUGAUGUGUUACUACACCAGAGGGGCCAAGGAUCGGCCUGAAUUGGGGAGUUUCAACCCUGGUGACAUUGAUCCUUGCUUGUGUACUCAUCUGAUCUAUGCCUUUGCUGGAAUGAAGAACAAUGAGAUCGUCAUGAUGAGUAAGGAGGACUUAAAGGAAUACAAAGCAUUAAAUGCUCUGAAAAAGAGAAACAUUGAGCUAAAAACUCUUCUGGCUGUUGGCGGCUUGGACAUUGGACCAGCACCGUUCAGUGCUAUGGUCUCUACUUUUCAUAACCGUCAGACAUUCAUUAAGUCAGUCAUCAAGUUCCUGCGCCAGUAUGAGUUUGAUGGACUGAAUCUGGACUGGCAGUAUCCUGGGUCUCAUGGCAGCCCUUCUAAGGACAAGCAUCUCUUCAGUGUCCUAGUGAAGGAAAUGCGUGAAGCUUUUGAGCAAGAAUCUGAAGAGAAUGACAAGCCACGGUUAUUAGUCACUGCCACUGUAGCUGGUGUCAUUGCUAUUGUCCAGUCUGGGUACAGGAUCCCUGAACUGUCGCAGUCUCUUGACUAUAUCCAGGUCAUGACAUACAAUCUCCAUAGCUCCCAGGAUGGUUACACUGGAGAAAAUAGUCCCCUCUACAAAUCGCUAACUGCUUCUGGCAUUUAUGACUUCCUCAAUGUGGAUUACAUCAUGACCUACUGGAAGGAACAUGGGGCUGCGCCUGAGAAGCUUAUUGUGGGAUUUCCAGCAUAUGGACAUACCUUCAUCCUGAGUGACCCCUCCAAUACUGGAAUUGGUGCCCCUACUACUAGUGCUGGCCCUCCAGGGACAUACACAAAUGAAGCAGGACUCUUGGCUUACUAUGAGAUUUGCACAUUUUUGAAUGAUGGAGCCACUGAGAGAUGGGAUGCCUCCCAGGAAGUUCCCUAUGCUUAUCAAGGCAAUGAAUGGAUUGGCUAUGAUAAUGUCAAGAGCUUCCAGAUAAAGGCUCAGUGGCUCAAGGAGAACAACUUUGGAGGUGCCAUGGUCUGGACUCUUGACAUGGAUGACUUCACGGGUUCUUUCUGUAAUCAGGGCAUGUUCCCUCUCAUCUCUACCUUAAAGAAAGCUCUCCGUGUGCACAGUGCAGGAAAUUCCUUAGGAACUUCAUACAGGGAAAACUUUUUCCCACAGAGAAUAUUAAAAGAGGACACCUGGCCCAAGGCUUGA